CAAGGCGCUCGCUUGAGACUCCAGCGCAGGCCUUGUCGUCGGACGCCUCCCUCACCUGCGCGACUUGAAAGGGACACCUCACCUGAACCAUAUCUACCACCCCAUCCCCUCUUCUCAUCGGCUUCUUCGGUUCCGGCGACCGGCGGCGGCGUCUCAGGUACGAUUUUAUGUCUGCUUGUAGGGGCACGGGACAGCAAUUAAGUGAGUGAAAACAGGUCGUUCAAAAAAACAGGAAGGCCCGUGUUAGUUUCAAUGGCUUCUUCAAAGCUUCAAGCUUUUUGGAACCAUCCCGCUGGCCCCAAAACCAUUCAUUUUUGGGCUCCAACAUUUAAAUGGGGUAUCAGCAUUGCAAACAUUGCCGAUUUCGCCAAGCCACCUGAAAAGAUAUCCUAUCCUCAGCAAGUUGGUAUGUCCAUUCCAGGCACUUCUGCACUUGUGUUCCAGACAACAAACUCACUUGUUUACUACACAAUUCUUGUGUACUUACAUGCUACUUCUGUUGUAUGGUGUACAGCUGUUGCUUGCACUGGAAUCAUCUGGUCACGCUACAGCAUGGUCAUUACACCGAAAAACUGGAACCUUUUCAGCGUAAACGUUGCAAUGGCCGGCACAGGCUUGUAUCAGCUUUCCCGUAAAAUAAGGAAAGAUUACUUUGAAGAUGAGAAAGAGGUUGCCGCAUCACUGGAAGGAUAAGCGACGAACGGAUCAAUUGACUGAAAACCCUGCUGCCUUAUAUGCAGUGUGCCACAGCCUGCAGGGAUGUGUCGUUUCAUCCGAGACAGGAACCCAUUGUUUCUUUACUGUCCGAAUUUGUUUGUAUCACUCAGUUGCACCCAUGAACAGAGCAUUGUGAAAAUUCACACAAAAAGCAAAUAUUUGUUUAUGCAUCGUGUGCAAAGAAAAACAUGCAAAUACAUCAA